UAUGAUUGCGAAGUGGGUCACUAUACGCCUCUGAACUGACCCAGGGAAAAUCCUCGGGACCUCCGUGUCCAUGAAGUGAUUUAAACAAGCCCAUGCUGAGUCAUGCUAGCUUGUAUAAUGUUAUCUUUACAUUCAUCAAUAUAUAAGCAGAAUACUCCUACGAAAUAUUUAUUCCCAAGGAACGGUCUAGUCGGAACAAGGCUUAGGAUUGGAGCAAGACUUUGACCACAAUCAGAUAAACAAGAACAUGUCCAGCAACGGGAAAUACAAAAUCAUCAUCCUCCAUGACAACAAAGAAUGGUUCUCCUUCCUGAAGGAAGAAUUCAAAGAAUAUGACGUCACAAUGGAACAGUGGAUCUCUGACGAAAUAGACUUUGAAGUGACAUCUGAGCCACCCAAAAAUGCUGUCUUUUACAACCGCUGCAGCCCAUCCUCUUACAUCAGGGGACAUCGCCUCUCUCUGGAUCAAGCAAGAGUCAUAAUUCAAUGGUUGAGAAAUCACAACCGAAUUGUUGUCAACGGCGAGAUGGCCAUUGACGUUGAGGACAGCAAAGCCUAUCAAUACGUCAUGGCCAAAAAAUGUGGACUUAACGUACCAAAGACAAUUUUCACAUCCAACCCAAAUGCACAACUCAUUGAAGAAAACUUUGGGAGAGACUCUGCAUUUGUUAUAAAACCAAACCGAGGUGGAAGAGGUCUCGACGUGAGAAAGUUCGACAACCUGGCUGAUUUCGAACAAAACACGGAACCCCUCGCAUCCACAACCGGUCUGUACGUCAUCCAAGGUUUCAUUCCGUUGACCAGCGGACUUUUCCGGGCGGAGUUUGUCGGCAAAAAGUAUCUCUAUACCAGCAAGGCUACGGCUUGUGAUGGUUUCAACUCCAACUUUUGCCCGUGCGAGGUACCACGUGACAGGUUCAAAAUUCUCCCCGAUGUGGAGGACCCAUUCAUUGAGAACUGUACCAACUUCUUCAGAUCGACAGCCCUUGAUAACGGCGCGAUUGAGUACAUAUAUGACGCUAAUGGCGUUCCAUACGUCAUCGACAUCAACUGCAACACGGGUUACAACACUGAAGCGGAAGAAGAAGCUGGUUCCAGACGAGGCUACGUUGAAGUGGCCAAAUACGUCUACAGCAAAGUGACCGAACUACGGAAAUCUCACGCCGAAAAGAAAAACAGCAUAACUCAUGAGGAUUAGAGGCAUCAUGCCAUCAGACCGUGGUUCAGGGUUAUAAUAUGAUUGACUGAUCUUCACUGCAUUCAAAUAAAAUGUAAAAUAAGAA